GCUCCUCCUCUGAGCUGGGCUAGUUGGGAUUUUUGGUGCAGAUACAGCUCAGUGCCAUUGCUCUCCCUCUCCUCGCCCUCUCCCUCCUCUCUCUCUCUCUCUCGCCUGCGGACGUUUCCUUGUGUUUGUUAUGAAGUGACAUCACUCGGGCACAGGCUAACCCGAGCUGUGGAGUAGAGGCGCUCAGUGCUUCGGGGCUCGGCUGGGAGACGCCGUGCAAGGCUUCAGUAAUAUGGCGUCCAUAGGAGACUUCGAUCCUCUGCAUGCCAACAUCCCGGCCACGAAAGUGGAGAUCACCAUUUCUUGCAGGAAUCUUUUGGAUCGAGAUACAUUUUCUAAGUCAGACCCAAUUUGCGUUUUGUACCUACAAGGUGUUGGAAACAAAGAAUGGCGAGAGUAUGGAAGAACAGAAGCUAUUGACAAUACUUUGAAUCCAGACUUUGUGAAAAAAUUCAUUCUAGAUUACUUCUUUGAAGAGCGCCAGAAUCUUCGAUUUGAUUUGUAUGAUGUUGAUUCAAAGAGUUCAAACUUAUCUGAACAUGACUUUCUCGGCCAGGCAUUCUGCACGUUGGGAGAGAUUGUGGGUUCGCAGGGAAGCAGGCUAGAAAAGCCCCUUGUAGGAAUUCCUGGAAAGAAAUGUGGAGCGAUUAUUCUAACCGCAGAAGAAUUAAGCAAUUGUCAUGAGGUUGUGAUGAUGCAGUUCUGUGCCAACAAAUUAGAUAAAAAAGAUUUCUUUGGAAAGUCAGAUCCAUUCCUUGUAUUUUUUCGAAGCAAUGAGGAUGGAACAUUUACCAUUUGUCACAAGACAGAAGUUGUAAAGAACACAUUGAACCCAGUGUGGCAAGCCUUCACAAUCCCCGUGCGUGCUCUCUGCAAUGGUGACUUUGACAGAACUAUUAAAGUGGAAGUAUAUGACUGGGACAGAGAUGGAAGCCAUGACUUUAUCGGAGAAUUCACCACAAAUUACAGAGAGCUUUCCAGGGGACAGUCACAGUUCAAUGUAUAUGAGGUGCUAAAUCCAAAGAAGAAAGCAAAAAAGAAAAAAUACAUUAAUUCUGGAACAGUUACAUUGCUUUCCUUUGUAGUUGAAACUGAGAGCACUUUCCUUGAUUACAUCAGAGGGGGGACACAAAUCAAUUUCACAGUGGCCAUUGAUUUUACUGCAUCGAAUGGCCAUCCUGCUCAACCAACUUCUCUACAUUACAUGAAUCCUUAUCAACUUAAUACUUAUGCCAUGGCUUUGAAAGCAGUAGGAGAAAUUAUUCAGGACUACGACAGUGACAAGAUGUUCCCAGCAUUGGGAUUUGGUGCCAAGUUGCCUCCAGAUGGAAGAAUUUCACAUGAAUUUGCUUUGAACGGAAACCCUCAUAACCCAUAUUGCCAGGGAAUUGAUGGGGUUAUGGAAGCAUACUAUCGGAGUCUGAAGUCGGUGCAGCUAUAUGGACCAACCAACUUUGCUCCAGUAAUUAAUCAUGUAGCAAGGUACGCUGCCUCUGUUAAGGAUGGUUCACAAUAUUUUGUCCUACUUAUUAUAACUGAUGGAGUCAUCUCUGAUAUGGCACAGACAAAAGAGUCCAUUGUCAAUGCGGCUUGUUUUCCGAUGUCAAUAAUUAUUGUUGGAGUUGGGCCUGCAGAAUUUGACGCAAUGGAGGAACUGGAUGGGGAUGAGGUUAGGAUAUCAUCAAGAGGAAGAUAUGCUGAGAGGGAUAUUGUUCAGUUUGUGCCUUUUCGUGACUAUGUUGACAGAACUGGAAACCAUGUGCUGAGUAUGGCUCGACUUGCAAAGGAUGUUUUAGCUGAGAUUCCAGACCAGUUUCUCUCGUACAUGAAAUCAAGAGGAAUUAAACCAUCCCCUGCUCCACCUCCAUACACUCCCCCAGGUUAUCCUUUGCAGACACAGCUUUAACCGAGUUACCCCGUCAGUCCUAAUUGUCAUUCUGACCUGAACUGAUUACACUGGAUGUGUCAGCUGUAUUUUAUUAUCAGGUUGCACUACAAAGACUUAAUGGAUGUUGACUGCAUUCUACUUAGAAAGCAUCAAAGAUUGCAUGGUGUUUCAGAUUGCAUGGUGCCAAAACAUGAGGCAAAUCAUAGGGAGAGGCUGCAUGAACAGAAAGGAACUGAAGCUUUCUGCGGGAGUGUGGGGGCAGGGCUAGCUCCUUAUUCUCUUAUCAGAGUUUCAUCCUUUUAGAAAAAGGAGAAGUGAGAACAGGAAAUGAUAGAAUUUGCAGCUUAAAUGGAAUUGAAGUCCUUAACUCUUGUUAAUAAUUGAGAAUGAGCAGUUUGUUUUCUUUUAAUGUUUACAUAUAGAUUCUUUUUAUAAGUAAAUCCUUUUUAUAUGCACACAUUUCCUGUAAACACAGUUUUAAAUAUUGAAAUUGUUGUGAGCUAUUACUUUGAUGCACCUCCAUUUGUUCCUGACUCGGAUAAAGAUGCCUGCUUCAGGACACCGGUGACUCUCAAACAAUGGGGCACGUAAAUCUGGCCAGCAGAGGCUUGCUGAUGGGUUUAACUCUUCAACCAGCAUGGCCUUCUGCCACAAACAAACUAGCGCUUCUGUUUCUCAUGCCUAGUUAGUGGGUGAUCCUCUCCAGUCACUCACCGCUCGCACGUUAUCCUUUUAACAGUGCAAUUACUUCAAAAGAAUGCAGAGGUGAAAACAAAGAGAAAACUGAAAAUUAAGAAAGGAGAAACAAAAACUGGAGAUAGAAGAACUACUGAGAUGUGGCAUGAAAAUAGCAAAAAUGAUGCAAGCUUUAAAGUUUGACCUGUAGCCUCCUGUUUGAUUUGAUCAGGGGUUCCCAACCUGGGGCCACGGACCGCUUGGUUCAUGUUCGGGGUCCAUGGCCAUAAAAAAAAGGUUGGGAAACCCUGGAUUGGAUGAAGUAUAAGGAAUUUUGAGAAAUGCUGCACUACAUUAUGCCAACCGUGGGCAAACCUGUACCUUUCAGGUAACUGUGCCAGAAAUGUAACUGCACAAUAUGUGGUCUUAUGCUUCUGAAUUCUGUUUAUUAAAAUGUAAUUUAAUUUGUAAAGUGUAUGUUUAGCUCUUUUAGCACAUGCUGCAAUAGCAUUUACAGUUCUGGAUGAGAAAUGCACUUUUUCUUUGAAUUGUGUGCUAGGUUAACUUCAGUACAAAAAGGCCUUAAAUUCUCGAACCACUACAGUAACUUUUUUUGCAUUAUGUCUUUGGAUAUUUACCAGUGAGGCAUGGUUUUAAAACUUUUUUUAAGCCAGCAUUGUAGUAGCUUUUUAAUUUUUCCCGUUGUUGUGGAAAUUUAAUGCUCAGCUUAUUUAAUGUUUUGCAUUUGUAUGGAAAUUUUUCACAUUAUACUUUAAAUAACAAUUAAAAUAAACAUUGUGCUUUUGCAAGGGGUGCUAGAAUAAAGAGAAAUUGUUAUGUUACUGUAAAUCUAUGGAUUUUUUAAAGCAAUUCCCUAAUAUGUAACUUUAUCAGAAAACAAAUUGAAAUAUAACAUGUUUACUAUCAAAAACAAUCCAAGUUCUUUAAAAAAAACAAUUAAUCAUAAUAGGGAAAAUACAAAUAUAUGCUCUCAAAACAAAGAAAAUUUUCCUGACUUUUGUAUACUUCAUACCUUUACUAAACUAUAUUUAUGCCACCUGUUGUGGGUCAAAUUCCUUUGUAUGAUAUUAAAUUAAAUCAUAGUUUUUUUAAACACUAGAAUUAGCUGCGAUAUAAAUUUUUAUGAUCAGACUAAUUAGAGAAUAUGGGACCAAGUGUACUUUACCAUUUGAGCAUCCCCAAAAAAAAAUUGCGGGAUAAAUGUUGUUGUCAGGCUGGUGUGGUAGUAGAGCUAUUUUAUCAGAUGGUAUAUUUUUGUCAAGAGGGAAAAUGAAAGCAUAUAAUCAGUGUAUCAAGAACCUAAAGGUCAUUAGAUUUUACGUCCACUAUCCUCUCCCAAGCAAAAACAAACAAAAUACAGUAUUAUUGGGUAAAAGAUUCUUGCAUGGAUAGAGCUUUGGCUGAUUGGCAGGAAGCAUGGAGUGGGAAUAAAGGGAACCGUUUCUGAUUGGCUUCCAGUGACUAGUGACGUUCUGCUUGGGGUUGGGUUUUGUAGUAUAAUGAUUUGGAUGACAGAAUUGUUGGCUUUGUGGCCAAGUUUGUGGAUAGGUGGAAGAUAGAUUUGAAGAUAGGUGGAAGGGCGGACAUUAUUGAAGAAGCAGGGAGGCUGAAGAAGGACUGAGAUAGAUUAGGGGAAUAGGCAAAGAAGUGGCAGAAUGGAAUACAGCGUCAGGAUGUGUGUGGUCAUGCACGUUCUACAUGGGGAGUAAAUUUAAAAAUCUAACUUGCAAAGGGACUUGGGAAUACUCGUGCAGGAUUCCCUAAAGAUUAACUUGCAGGUUGAGUUGUUGGUGAGGAAGGCACAUGCAAUAUUAGCAUUCAUUUCAUGAGGACUAGAAUAUAAAAACAAGAAUGUAAUGCUGAGGCGUUAUAAGGCACUAGUGAGGCCUUACUUGAAUAUUGUGAGCAGUUCUGAGCUCUUUAUCAAAGAAAGAGUGUUCUUACACUGGAGGGGGUUAAAAGGAGGUUCACAAAAAAUGAUUCCAGGAAUAAAAGGUUUAUCAUAUGAAGUGUGUUUGAUGGCUGUAGGAUUGUACUCACUGGAAUUCAGAAGAAUGUGGUGGUAUCUCAUUGAAAGCUAUCAAAUGUUGAAAGGCCUAGACAGAGUGGAUGCAGAGAGAAUGUUUUCUGUAGCGGGUGAGUCUAGGACCAGAGGCCACAAACUCAGAAUAGAGGGAUGUUCAUUUAGAACGAAGAUGAGGAAGAAUUUCUUUAGCCAGAGAGUGGUGAAUACAUUGAAUUUGUUGCCACAGUCUGUGAAAGCCAUGUCAUUGAGUGUACUUAAGGUGGAGGUUGAUAGAUUCUUGAUAGGUCAAGGCAUAGAAUGGUUACAGGAAAAAGGAUGGAGAAUGGGGUUGAGAGGGAAAUAGAAUAACCUUGAUCAAAUGGCUGAGCAGACUCAAUGGGCCAAAUGACCUAAUUCAGCUCCUAUAUCUAAUGGCCUUAUUAUGUAGUGGUAUAAAUCUAGCAACAAUUGAUAUACAACUGAAAGUGAGAUACAACCUUUCCUCUUUUUGUAUUAUCCUUUCUUGGAUGUCGAUAUAAAAUCAGGCCUACUAACUUGUUUGGAUUGUUUAUUUAGGGUUUGUUUUGCUACAGACUUUGGCUUUUACCCUACAUAAUCAUCAAAUUUUGUAAUCAAAUGGAAUUCCAAUAACACUAGCAUUAUCAAAGUGGUUAUCAUUAUCUUUAUAUGUUUCUAAAAGUUCGUAUUUGAACAGCUCUGAGAGUUAAUGGUAUAUUACUGAACUGUUUAGUUUGUCAAAGAAGCAUGUAACAAUUCAAGUUGUAGUGGUGAAGUCCUAUCGAGAAGUGAUUUUUCAAAACUGUGCUCUGAAUGUUUAGCACCAAAUAUAAUGCUAUACACUUUUUACAUGUUAUCGUACAGGUUGUUUUCAUUAACCCUUAUGUUGUUUACUUAAUGAAGUAUUAUGUGUGAUUAUUUUAAUAUUGAGUAAAACUGUAAAUGGAAUACUGUUACUUUCUGACAUUAUUAGAAGUAGACGAACCACUGACUUGAAAGAUAUUAUUCACCGGUUAUCUUAGUGGAUGCUAGCACACAAUAAUUAUACUUUCCUCUCAGUGUAUAGAGCACUACUAUAUAGCAUCAUUAAGGGUAUGUGGAAUGUAAAGCUACAUUUUAUUUUGAUGUGCAUUGCAAAUAACCGGAUGAUUGUUAAACACUAAGUAAGAAGACAGUGAUAAAAUUUAUGUGUCAUUAAGAUUUAAGAGAAUAUUAAACUUUAUUAACUCAUAAUACUCAAGAGUGGCACAGCCAUCAUGAUAAAGCAUGUUCAUGCUGACUUCUGGUGCCUGUGACUCAAGAAACCUGGCCACCCUACCAGUUGGUUUAUGUAUUAAAAUAUAAUUUCUCUAGACUUGCAGUGAAAGAACAGUUGUUUGUAACAUUUAACCUCACAAAUAAAAUAUGAGAUGUAAUCAGUCAAAUUAAAAUUGGGAAAAUAUAACUCUAUAUAAAAGGCAGCAGCAAAUUGAUAUGUUGCAGGUAUUCUUGCUGGAUAAGGGGUAUGCAACCCUUUUUAUUAACAAUAUUAAUUUAAAGUGGUUAUCAUGGGAGAAAAUUGUUUCUUCUUUAACCCAGUAAAGUUUCAAGUAUUCUCUAGUUAAAAAAUAACAGUGCAAUACCUCACUUAAAGAUCUGGUGUGAAUCCCAGGUUUCCUUAGAAACUGAUGCUGCCAGGAAUGUUAUUUCACCAUCUCUUCUAAUAAAAUUUAUUAGAAAAUUAAAAUUGAUUGAAGCUGGUAUUGCCAGUCUUCAAAACUGCCAAAAUGUGUUACAUUGAUCAUUUAUUUUGCUAACUUCUCCAGCAUUUUAGACUGCAUAAUGUGAAAUGGUUAAUAAUCCCACCAAGAAAAACAAUUUUCAUUUGUUUCAAUUUUGAAAUAGUAAAUUUUUGCUCCUUCGCAAAACAGAACUUUUUAUUAAAAGUAUCAGGUAUUUUUUUCUAGAAUAAAGGAAGUCAGUCAUGGAAAUGUUAUAUAAUUAGAAUUAUAACAUCCACUAUAAAUGUAUUUUUUUCCCUCUAAGAGAGCAGAAUAAAAUGACAUAGCAAUUACAAAAUAAAUUGAGCCUGUAUUAUAAAGAGCUUCUGUAUCAAUGUGAAUCUUUGUUCACAAAAUCUGGGAUUAUAAAUUAACAUAAGUACAAACACUUCUUUCGUGCUGUUACCUCAGAUAGAUUUGCAACUUUGCUGAGCAACUAUCAACAAAUUCAUUUUUAUAAAUUGUUUAAAUAACUAAGUUUGGCUUUCAAGGAUUCAGACGAGGAUGCCUGUUACUAGAAAUAAAAUAUCCUAAUUUUUUUACCCUCAGAAAUUAUUAUCAUACAUAGUGGUGAUGUAAUUACCCCCUUUGUAGCAUUAUACUGCACAUCCAUGUUUUCAAAUUGAGUAAAAUAUCUUGAUAUUUUACCAGAAAUUAAUGUCUUAAGUUAUCCAUAUCACCUGCCCCUCUUCUGGUCUUUGGAAAAACUUUGAAGUAUGUUAUUACUUCCUCAAAAUAGAUAUUGACCCAUGGAAUUUUACAUGUGUUUGUCCAGAGUUAUCAUUUAUGCUUUGUUUAUGUGUAAUGUUUAGCUUUGAAUGUAAAUUAUAUUAUUCAGUAUAUUAACUUUGGGAUUUCUGAUAAUCCAAAUAUAAUCUUGACAAAUCACACAAAUCAGAGGAUAGACAGCAUACAUAGGUGUUUAAUUCCCUCUGGUUUUACAAAGCUUAACAUUUAAUGUGAAUUAUUUUCAUUAUUAUUUUGAAGGGAUUAGUUUAAAAUAAAUAGCAAUUUUAUGCAACUACUCAAAGGAGGAAAUUAGACUCAUUAAGUUUUGAAUGCUAUUUGGAAUUGCUGAUUUAUUUUUUGAUAUGUAAUUUCUAUUAAAUUC